AUGAAAAACAAAGAAGCUGCAUGUUAUAUUUGGCACGAAGAAAAUGGUGGCUUAGAAAGUGAUGUAUUUGCUACUAGUUUGUCUAAACACCUAAUGCAUGAUAUUGAUAAGUUUAAACCAACUGAAAUCAUACUUUGGAGCGUUGGGUGUGGCUGCCAAAAUCGUUGCUUGACAUUGGCUAAUGCUUUGCUUGAGUUGGCUAUCGAAAAUAAUGUUACCAUAAAACAAAAAUAUCUCGAAGUCGGCCACAUGCAAAUGGAAGUAGAUUCUAUACAUAGUGUAAUAGAAAAGAAAUUGCGUGGCCGAAAACGAGAUAUUUUUGUUCCAGCCGACUAUGUGAGCAUAAUUAGUGGAGUUUGUGAUUAUGGGGGUCACUGUCUUGCACUUGCAAAAACAAUUAGGAACAGCACUCCUAAUGCUUUGGUCUACUGUAAGAGAGGCCGGCAGGGAUCUUUCGAAGUAGAAGUAAAUAAUAAAAUAGUAUAUUCAAAACUACAAACGAUGGCGCUUCCCGAUUAUGAAGAAGUGGCACAAGUAGUGAAUGAAGUGUCACAAGGAAAUGAACCAAGGCAAAUAAAAGGCCAGCAACCAAUAAACUGUGCUAUUUCAUAG